CAUCUCGCGCCUGUCAAAUCUUUUCUUCGCAUCGCGUUUCCAUUUUGAGCAUCAUCGGAGGAAUUUGAGCGGAGAUAGUGCUUUAUUUUCCAGAAUUUAUGCCCCAUAUUGCAGUGUUACCAUCGCGAGCUAACAUCCAACGGUGUGUAAAUGCCUCCAGAAACGGCAAAUCAGCCAAUGGAGCUGACCGACCGUACCUGUCGGUUAUGCUUGGCUAAUGACCAGGAGAUCAGUCCAAUGGUGGACGCGCUCAGCCUGGACGAAAUGAAAAAUGUCAUCGAGGGCUUGCUGAAGCUUGAUCUCAACUGCGGACCGUUUCAAAGUGCUUGCUCCAACUGCAUAGUGAAGAUCCGGCUGAUCGAAAGUAUUCGGAAUGAGUUCGACGGAAGCAACAAAAUAUUCGACGUUAUGUGGACUCAAUACAAACGGAUUCACUACCCAGAACCAAUUCCUACGCCGAAAAAAGGUCGCCCUAAACUGGAAAGACCCAGUCCACCGCAAACCCAGAAGAUAACAGCGGCAUACAUUAUCGAUGGAAUGGUUAUUGAGAAUACGGAAAUUGAAUAUGUGCAGGACGAAAGUACCGAAUUUUACAUUAAAAGCGAGAACCCUGCGGAAAUCAUCAAGGAAGAAGGUGAUCAGGAAUCGGCAAGUGAUGGAGUUGCUGCUGAUGAUGACCAUCACACAAUGGAUGAAACUGUAGAGGAAGAGUACGUUUAUGAGGAGGUUCCCAUGGAGGAAGAUAAUCGCAUGCAGGAGGAAUAUUUGACUGAUGAGCCGCCAAAGGAAGAGGAUGAAAAAAAGAUAGAAGAAGAUCAAAAUGCAGAAGCGAUGGGAAUUAUUACAGAAGAAGAUACAGGUUAUUAUGACAAGACCAUCCCUUGUUGUUAUAUCUGUUUAGAUCGAUUCGAUAAUUUUGGUGACGUUUCGAGUCACUUGGUAGACGCGCACGCGGAAAUGCUUCCCUUCCACUGUGAUAAGUGUUUGGGAUACUUCGACACAUUGGAAGAAGUCAAUAAGCAUCAUAUAACUCAUGUUUACGAAUUUGUUUGUCUAUAUUGUCCGCGUCGUUACUGCUCAGAGCCGUAUCUGGCCAAUCAUAACUUGUCGUGCAAGUCUUUCCAGUGUAAUUUAUGUGAGGAGACCUUCGACCUUAGAAGCAACCUGAAAAUGCAUCAACGUCAAGCUCACCCAGCUGAGGCGAGACACAGUGGUCGGAAGAGUAACAUAUGUGGCACCUGUGGUAAAGCCUUUACUCAUGCUUGUAAUCUUGCACGGCAUAUGCGAAAUAAGCGCUGUGGAGCUGGCGAUGACGACGAUUUUCUUAUUAGGAAGAGGAAAAUUAAGCCAGACCCGGAUGCCGGUGAUGUGACUGAGGGCGAUGAUGAACGUGAUUUGAAGAUUAGACCACCAUUAACAUGUCAAGUUUGUAGUAGAAAAAUGGAUAGUAACAGCGGUUUGGCUCGUCACAUUGAAAAGGAACAUCAGGACUUUAAUAUUCCACUUUUUUCAUGUAACAUUUGUCCUAAGAAAUUUACCACGUUCGAGAAAUGUCUUCGUCAUCGAGCUUUCCAUAAGAAAUCUAAGAAACAGCCUCAAUCUCUUUUGAAGAAAGAUCCCAACGAGAACAAUUGCAAAAUUUGUAACAAAAAAUUCCGUCUUGAUCAUAUGCUGCUCAAACAUUUGGCGGAAAUUCAUCAAUUAACGUUAGAACUGUUCCAUUGCGAUCAAUGCGGUAAAAAGUUUUCAACAGAGCCUAAGUUGCGCAAGCAUCAAUAUAAUACCCAUCGGGAAAACAAAAACCUCUACGUAUGCUCGCAUUGUGGACAAAAGUUUGAAAAAAAGCUCACACUGAAAGAUCACGAAACCAAGCACUUGAAUGCCCCUGCCUACCAAUGCGAGAUUUGUUUGAAAACUUUUAUCCACAAACAUAGUUUGGAUCGCCACGCACUAGUUCAUUCGGAUGAGAAAAAUUUCGAGUGCGAAUUUUGUCACAAAACAUUCAAAAGGAACACAACCUUGGUCAUCCACAGACGUAUCCACACCGGUGAGAAGCCGUACGAAUGUGUCCCCUGCGGCCAACGGUUUAUCGAUUCCAGUACCCUGAUCAAGCACAGGCAGAGAAUGCAUCCGAAGGUAGAAUAAUGGAGUGCUACAUAGACACUGUAGUGGUUAAUUUAGUGUUAUCGGUAAUUAUACUUUGGCUUACUAAAACCUAGAUUACGGAAAUAAAGUGGUUUAUUUUCCAAAA